AUGGCUCAGCCUGCCCCGAAUCGCGACUUUCUUUUCACGCCUGACAGGUUCCAUGGCAAUUCGACCAAUCCACUUCCUGUCGGACUGUCUGUUGUGCCGAAUAUUCCCAACAGUGGGUUUCCUUUCCCAACUCCGGCAGGAACUCAUCUUACUACGACCAUGACAUUAAAGCCUGUUCGUACAGCCGCGAUCACCACUGGCAACUCUAAGACAAAGACCGCAACCGCCAUUCGAAACUUGCCGCGUUCUAGCGAGCAGUGUGCCCAGGUUCUCAGGUCUCACAAUCUAUGGGAGAAGCUCAAGUCGUACUGUCCGGGGGGCGGCGGUGUUACCCCUCCUGAGGCACCUGUACCCUAUCCGUCCCAUCCGCUCCACAACAUACUUCUUCCUGCGGAUCUUCUGACCAAUAGAAACUUCCAUCAGCCAUUGAAUUUGGUUGACCGAGCAAAUACGGCCUUCCACAACGCGCAAGCGAUGGCUGUCCAGAAUUUGACAACUACGACUUGGGUCCCCGGCCAGACAUAUCAGCUGACAGCCGGCGACCAACAGUAUAAGGCGAUCGUAGAUCUAUGGGGACACUUCCUUCUCACCGUCAACAGACCGCCCGCAGUCAUUACAAGUGAACCUGCGAUGCAGGAUGAGGUUCUGGUUCAGAUAUUAGAAGUCCUGAAUCUACUUGUGCGACAUCUUCCCCCCCCCCCCCCGGACAUGAACAUCCCUUUCGACGGAGGUGCUGCCUCCUUCUACCCACAGUGGGGCCGUGCAUGCGCCGGUGUUCACAGGAACCGAAGCAUAGAUCCGAAGACGGACUACAAGAAGGCGGGGUUUCCCGACUUUCUAUUCUAUCGAAUAGCCUCUCCAGAGCAGACACCGGCAGUCGUAGAAGUGAAGACAAUGUGGGUGUACCCCGACGCGCUCGUGGACGAUAUAUGCAGCGUGGAAGUGGCUGACAGUAUCACGGGCAAAUUUAAAUUUGUGGGGGAAACCAGAGCCCAUGCAUUGAUAAGACAGAUCUGGGGGGAACUUGUGUUUUUCUCCGCCACUUCGGGUUUUUGGGUGAACGGUAGCUGCGUUUUUAUCUUUGUCAGGACCGGGCGAAAUCAGAUCACGCUGUCCGAUAGGAAGCCCUUGACGAGUCCCGAUGUCAUACACGCGUUGGCUGGCAUGACGUUCGCAGCCAUGGACACCGGCUUGCGUCCUUGGUUGGUCGACUGGCUGUGCCCCUACAAUGACCGUCGCGCUGACUGGGUGCUGUGA